CACGGACACGCAGGGUUCAGCAUGUCAAACGCAUGCCUCCUUUGUCGGAAUGUUUGUCUUUGUCUUUGCUUGCUGGUUGGUCAAUAGGACGAUCUGUGGACGCUCAUUCCACGCUCGUUGUUCCUUCACCACGGACCCCUCCACUCUCACAACCAGCAGCCGCUUCCAGUGUGCGCGUCUCCCUCGGAGAGUGCACAUCUCAAACCAGCCGGUCAUCACCUUCUCCUCCACGCGUCCAACAUGGAUCCAGCCUCCUAGCAGACAAGACUUUACUCGGAGUAAAAUACAUCCUGUUUGGAAGUUUCUUUGCCUUUUCUUUCACCUCCUAAGUUUCCAAAGCCUCCAGGAUGACAUCCAGCAGGAUGCACCGACGCAUCAUGAUCCUGCUUUGCUUGGUCUCCACGGCGGCAUCUAACACGUUGACGUCCACAGAGGAGCCUUCCGACACAGCCGCCAAGUCCGACGGCUACUGCAGCCGCAUCUUGCGGGCUCAGAGCACCAGGAGGGACGGCAACAAUGAGUUCCGGCUGCGCGUAGAAGGAGACCCUGAGCGAUACCAGCCAGGGAGCACCUACAGAGUCACUCUGUUUGCAACCAGCCCCUCCUACUUCAGAGGUUUUACCCUCAUCGCCUUGAAGGAGGGCACAGAUGGAGACAAAGAAGAGGACUACAUUGGACAGUUCCAGAUAAUUGAUGAGGAGGAAACACAGUUUAUGAUCAACUGCCCACCAGCAGUGACAGAGGGGACUCCUCGCCGACGCACCAGCAUCCAGGUCUUUUGGACUGCACCCCCAAGUGGAUCUGGUUGUGUACUACUCAAGGCAAGCAUUGUGCAGAAGAGGAUAAUCUAUUUCCAGGAUGAAGGCUCACUCACUAAGAUGAUGUGUGAAAAAGAAUCUCUGUAUGGAGAUUCGACAGAUAAACCUCUGCUGGACUGUUGUGCCUGUGGAACAGCCAAGUACAGAGUCACCUUCUAUGGGAACUGGUCAGAGAAGAUUCAUCCCAAAGACUACCCACGUCGUGCCAAUCACUGGUCCGCCAUUAUUGGUGCAUCCCAUUCAAGAAGCUACGUCCUGUGGGAGUACGGAGGCUUGGCCAGUGAAGGAGUCAGACAGGUAGCUGAGCUGGGCUCUCCAGUCAAAAUGGAAGAGGAGAUCAGACAAAAGGGUGAUGACGUCCUGACCGUCAUCAAAAUGAAAGCUCAGUGGCCGGCCUGGCAACCACUUAAUGUGCGGGCCGCACCCUCGGCUGAAUUCUCAGUGGAUCGAGCGCGGCACCUCAUGUCAUUCCUGACCAUGCUGGGACCAAGUCCGGACUGGAACGUAGGUCUUUCUGCAGAGGACUUGUGUACCAAAGAGUGCGGAUGGGCUCAGAGAGUAGUCCAGGACCUCAUACCUUGGGAUGCAGGCACUGACAAUGGGGUGUCAUAUGAGUCUCCCAACAAGCCCUCUGUGCCUCAGGAUAAGAUCCGUCCUCUGACCAGUCUGGACCACCCUCAAAGCCCUUUUUAUGAUCCUGAAGGGGGCGCUAUCAGUCCUGUGGCCAGGGUAGUGGUGGAACGGAUUGCCAGAAAGGGGGAGCAAUGCAACAUUGUGCCAGACAACGUGGAUGACAUUGUGGCAGACAUUGCCCAGGAGGAGAAAGAGGAAGAUGACACCCCCGAGACGUGUAUCUACUCCAAUUGGUCUCCAUGGUCGGCCUGCAGCUCAGCCACUUGUGAAAAGGGCAAGCGGAUGAGGCAGAGGAUGCUUAAGGCCCAGUUGGACCUUAGCGUUCCGUGUCCUCACACACAGGAUUUCCAGCCUUGCAUGGGGCCAGGAUGCAGCGAUGAGGAUGCAUCCACAUGUAUGAUGUCAGAAUGGAUUACAUGGUCUCCAUGCAGUGUGUCCUGCGGACAGGGCACACGUUCACGAGAACGUUACGUUAAGCAGUUUCCAGAUGACGGCUCAAUCUGCACUCUACCCACAGAAGAGACAGAAGACUGUGUGGUCAACGAGGAAUGCUUUCCCAGCAGCUGCCUGGUAACGGAAUGGGGGGAAUGGGAUGCCUGCAGCGCCACUUGCGGUCUUGGCAUGAAGAGAAGGGAGCGCAUGGUGAAGAUGCCUCCUGCAGACGGUUCCAUUUGUGGAGCCGAGGUGCUGGAAGUGGAGAAGUGCAUGAUGCCAGAAUGUCAUACAAUCCCCUGUAUGCUGACUAUGUGGUCCGACUGGAGUGACUGUAGUGUCACCUGUGGAAAGGGACUACGAACACGUCAGCGUAUGCUUAAGUCGCCUGUUGAGCUCGGCGACUGCACUGAAGAGUUGGACCAGGUGGAGAAGUGCAUGCUGCCAGAAUGCCCAAUAGACUGUGGCAUGUCAGAGUGGAGCGAGUGGUCCGAGUGUAAUAAGUCCUGCGGGAAAGGUCACACCAUCCGAACACGCACUGUAAAGCUGGAGCCUCAGUUCGGAGGAGACCCCUGUCCUGAAAGCAUCCAGAGGAAGAAGUGUAAGGUCAGGAAGUGCACCAGAGGAGGACAAGGGAACAGCGAUGAGAAGAAACGACGCAAGGAGCAACGGGAAAAGAGGAGGAGCAAACAGAGCAGGACUGAUGUCGCUGCUGAGCAUCCAGGAUGUAAAAUGAGGCCGUGGUCAAGUUGGACGGAAUGUACCAAGGUGUGUGGAGGAGGUAUUCAAGAACGGCUCAUGACGGUCAAGCAAAGGUUCAAGACCGCACAGUUGUCCAGCUGCAAAGACAGGAAGGAGAUCCGCGCUUGUAACGUCCACCCUUGUUAGGAAGCGAGUGUGGGAUGGCAGUUGGGGGCGCGGGGCUGAAAAGAAAAGACCAGGCAUGGUAUGCGGUCAGUGGACUCUGUUUAGGGUGCUGACGACACUUACAUCUUGCAUUCAAGUGCUCAGUAUGAAAUUAUGUUCCAUUUGACUUCACAUCACAAAUUGAAGUUCACGAGAAGCCCACGAGAGGAGUGGGUGAGAAUUGGUGUUACUAAAGUCCAAGUAAUCUCUUCUCCUUCCUCUCUGGCUUCUUUGGGUAUGUUUUUGAGGCAUUACAUGUGAUGUAAUACAACUGAAUCUGAUUCAGUUUCAUUCCAUUCCCCUGUUGGAGGAUUCCAGUAAGUGUUUUCAAGAUUGUUUUAAAGUUAGUAGACGGACAUGAAGAUCUGCUGACUCUAGCUCUGAUACACUUUGGCAGGGUUACUGUAAACGUGUUGUGGUGCCAUAUAUCUUGGAAAUAUUAUUCUGAAUUGGUUACAUAAAUAAAGACUUACAUUAUUCUAUCUUGUGAUAUCUUUAGUAUGACACUGUAGUUAUUUUCAAGCACAGGUGCCCAACCAUUUCAGUGUUUUGUACUACCUUCAGUUGUUGUCUCCGGGUGACACAUUGCUGAAUUUACACAGAAAUAUUGGUAAGUAGAUACACCACAUCUGGGAUUGAGGUCAUUUGCAGCAUUCCUAAAAAAUAUACAUUUAGUUUUAAUCUUAAUUUUUUAUGGUGAGAAGGUGUCCUAAGAUGCUUAUGGAACUCGUGUGUUGAUGUUUUUCACUUGUGUUCCACUUUCCUUUUUUUGUCUUUCUUGCUCUGACAUACAGUAAUAAUAUUUUGGAAUAACGUCACCUUUACAAUAAAAGUAAACGUGACAACUUGUCAAU